GUGGCUGUUUACUUUUGGGCUCCAUGGUCACAUCCCUGCCAACAGCUCGACCUUGUCUUUGCGGAGUUGGCGAAGGAGUACCAGGAUGCCAAAUUCUUGCGGGUCCAAGCUGAGGAGGUGUCUGAAGUCACAGACCGUUUCGAGGUGUCAGUAGUUCCGUACUUCGUAUUACUCAAGGAUGGAGAGGUCGUUGACAAGGUGGAGGGUGCAGAUGCAGCUACGCUUACGCAAGCAGUUCAACAACACUUCUCCCAGGCCAGCACAUCCAAGCCACAAGCAGCAACCUCAGGGCACUUGAGCAGCACGCCAGCAAGGGGAUCCGCCACUGCACCAGCAAGCCCAGAGGAGAGGAUCACAAAGCUAAUGACUGCUCAGUCUGUCAUGCUGUUCAUGAAGGGUUCACCAGAUGUACCUCGCUGCGGCUUCAGCAGGAAGGUGGUGGAUGCACUAAGGUCUGAGGGGGAGGAGUUUGGGAGCUUUGACAUCUUGUCUGAUGAGAUUGUGCGACAAGGCAUCAAGAAGAUCUCUGAUUGGCCCACAUUUCCGCAGCUGUAUGUCAGGGGAGAGCUCUUGGGUGGCUGCGACAUUGUAAUGGAGCUGAAGCAAGCAGGUGAGCUGAGGGAUACCAUUGAAGAGAUGAAAGCCAGGCUGGGAUAG